AUGGCGGCAAGCUUGCGCACAAACACCGCGACGACGGCGCUUCGGCCGCUGACCUCGGCGCUACGACCGGCUGCGGGCCGACAGGCGGCGCAGUACCUCCCCCGUGUUGCGCGACGAUACAAGUCCGGUCCGUACGGGUAUACACAGGCCAAGGCGCUCGUGUUCUCCAAGGAGGGCGAGCCCAGCGACGUUUUGCAACUACACACACACUCCAUCUCCCCCUCGAUCCCCUCCUCCGCCGUCCUCCUCCGCGCCCUCGCGGCCCCGAUCAACCCGGCCGACAUCAACACCGUCCAGGGCACAUACGGCGCCAAACCCCCCUUUACACAACUCAUCGGCACGCCCGAGCCCUCUGCGAUCCCCGGAAACGAGGGCGUAUUCGAGGUCGUGUCGGUGGGAUCCAAGGAUUCGGGUUUGAGCAAGGGGGAUUGGGUCAUCCCCAAUGCCAGCUCGUUUGGGACGUGGCGCACGCAUGCUGUGGCCGAGGCGAAAGAUGUGAUGAAGGUUAGCAGGGAGGGGUUGACGCCUACGCAGGUUGCUACCGUGAGCGUGAAUCCGUGCACGGCGUAUCGGAUUUUGAGGACGUAUGGGCCCGGGGAGAUACGGAAGGGGAGUGAUGGUGGGAUGAAGGCUCUUGAUCCUGGGUCGGGGGGGUGGUUUAUUCAGAAUGGGGCGAAUAGCGGCGUUGGAAGGGCGGCGGUGCAGCUGGGCAAGUUGUGGGGGUUGCGGAGUAUCAAUGUCGUCCGGGAGCGGGAGACGGCUGCCGAGACGGAGGCGCUGAAGGAGGAGUUGACGGGGUUGGGCGCCACCGUCGUGGUCACGGAGAAGGAGUUUCUGUCGCGGGAGUGGCGGGAUCGGCUUGCGGAGCUGACGCGCGGCGGGAGGGAGCAGGUCGGUCUGGGGCUGAACUGCGUGGGCGGGAAGUCUGCCACGGCGGUGGCGAGGAGUUUGGGGGAGAGCGGGACGAUGGUUUCGUAUGGUGGGAUGGCGAGGCAGCCGGUCAUGUUGCCUACGGGGCUGUUGAUCUUCAAGGAUAUUAGGUUUGUCGGGUUCUGGCUGAGUAAGUGGAACGAGAGGGAUCCGACGGGGAGGAAGUUUGCGAUUGAGGACGUGUUGGGGAUGAUUCGGGAGGGGAGGUUUAGGGAUGUGCCGGUUGAGGAGGUUGGGUGGGAAUGGGGUACUGAGGAGGGGGUUUUGAAGAGUGCUGUUCAGGGGGCGCUUGGUGGGUUUAGGAAGGGGAAGGGGGUUUUUGUUUUUGGGGAGACGUGA